GCGCAAUCGCACGCGCUUCAAACCUGUUUCUUUUGCCUGGCUUCCUCAAAACACAUCAAGAACUACUUUCAGUUCUCGACGUACAAGCAUUAUAGUGAAAAUAGUCGCGUUUCUCUAUUAAAUCGGUGUUUUAAAACGUUAAAAUAUGAUAUAGAAGCUUUGGAUAUUACAGUGUCAAGUGUUGAGUCGUUUUAGUUUAAUUUAUCAACAAGUUUAAAAAAAUCAAGAUGCCUUGUUCUGCAGUUACGCUCAGUUUGGCCACAAUUACUUCCAUAAUCGCGGUAGCUUUGCUCGCUAUAGCUUUUACUACGGAUAACUGGCUUUAUGUCGAAGUUAAAAGGACCAAUAUACAGAACUACCUCAGCAGACAUUCAGAUGUUCAAAGCCAAGCACUUUUAGAUAGUGUAAAUUCUAAAUAUUAUUAUUUCACAAGGACUAAAGGUCUCUUCAGGGUAUGUUAUCCUAAGGAAAGGCCCCCAGCAGUAAAAACUUAUCUUAGUCCUGUUGAGACCCACUGUAAUAAUGUAAAUUAUUAUAUACCUGAUGAAAAUAAUGAAACCCGAGACUUCACUGAGGACGCCUGGACUAGACUACAUAUGGGUCGUUCCAUGAUAGCCCUAUUCAUAAUAUCAUUUUUGUCAGUUUUCGCUGCUUUUUGUACUGGUGUAACUGGAUGUUGGAGAAGAUCCCCAGGAAAUAUUACAGCCACUGCCAUAUUGAUGUUGUUAGCAUGUUUACUUAGCGCUGGUGCGAUGGGAUUAUGGCACGGAGUCGAAUAUUACGAAAAAGAAAAAGUUGUCGGCGAAGAAUUUUACCAACAGUGGAGUAAUAUUCUUCAAGAAAAUAGCGACGUUAUGUACGACUGGAGUUUCGUGUUGGCUUGGCUCGGAGUUUUCAGCUGCCUGGGAGCAUCCCUGCUAUUUUUCUUCGGAUCCUGCUGUCUGUUCACGGAAAAAGACAAAGAACAACUCAACAAUGUACAAUACAUUAUGCCAGUUUAUCCUCAAAAACAGCAGUACGCCUAUGCAAGUUAUCCAGUGGCGGCCCCACAACCUUACCCUGGCGGGCCCUAUUAUACGCAAGGAAGUGCAUAUGGACCAUAUAAUUAUUAAGAAAAUACUACAACAAAUUGUUGAGCAAUGUUAUUGUCUUCCAUAAAAUCAUGGUAGUGCUUUGUUUUUUUAUUUGAAAAAUGGUGUUUCAUUAUUUAAAAAUUUAAUUGCAAUCGUUUUUGGUGUCCAGAAUUUUUCAAAUAAAAAACCAAAUUUUAAACAAAAUAAAAAUAUUUUUGUUGCUCAAGGCUAAGUAUUUUACCCAAACAACAAAUAAGUAGAUAGUUUUAAUUAUUAUUAUUUUAUUUGAAAAUAGUUGUAUACUAAAUAUCAAUGUUUAUUAAAAAUAUUUUUUUAACAAUAUGUAUGUACAAAAAUCUAUUGAUAUGACUGAGUCCAAG